UAUAGUUGCCAAUCACUCUGCAAGCCACUCCUACGUGGUCGUGUUGGAAGGAGUGACGCAUGAGCACAAAUCUAAACUGGCUCUCUUGCGCCGCUAUGUGUAAGGAAUAACAUUAUUGCUCAGCAACCGACACCCGAAACGAACGCACAGGGUUGGGUUAGGCACUGAUUGUAUUUUACUCGCUCACACAUCAACCUUGGACAUAUGCAAUAGCACAGAAAAGGGAUGACGUAGAAUUUGAAGCUGGAUUUCGAAGCUGAGCAGAAAAUGAGCUUAACGUCCUGGUUUCUGGUGAGCAGUGGAGGCACCCGUCACCGGCUGCCAAGGGAGAUGAUUUUUGUUGGCCGUGACGACUGCGAAUUGAUGUUGCAGUCCCGAAGUGUCGAUAAACAACAUGCUGUCAUCAACUAUGAUUCUGCAACAGAUGAACACAAAGUAAAGGACCUAGGGAGCCUAAACGGGACAUUUGUGAACGACGUCAGGAUACAGGAACAGAUGUACGUUACCUUGAAGAUGGAUGAUAAAUUGAGAUUUGGAUAUGAUACAAAUCUGUUCACAGUAGUCCGUGGGGAGCUCCGUGUCCCAGAGGAAGCUCUGAAGCAUGAGAAGUUUACAAGCCAACUCCAGCUGCCCCAGAAGACCUCGGAGGGGAAAGGAUCCAAGGCAGCCAGCACUAAAGCAGCUGAAGCCAAAGCUGCCGAGGCUGCUGAAGGGUUACCCAAGUGUGCAGAGGCACAGAAACUGGAGGAGAAGAUGUCAGCAGACAUGGCUGCAAUGCACCGGGGAACUCCUUUGUAUGGGCAGCCAUCUUGGUGGGGCGACGAUGAUGCUGAUGAUGAAAACUCCUUCAAGCAGGAAACCAAAGCUGGGGGAAAGAAGCUGGAGGGCAGUGCAUCAGGAGAAAACAAAGAACACAGGAAAGCAGAAGUGCAGGGAGGGAACGAGGAAGCACUUUAUUCGCUGUGUAGGGAGCCCAGCUACUUUGAGAUCCCCACAAAGGAGUUUCAGCAGCCUGCCCCAAUGGUGGAGAGCACAAUUCACGAAAUCCCCACAAAAGACACUGAAGGGGCCCAUGCAGCCGCUGCAGGGCAUGCUUCCUUCACCAUCGAAUUUGAUGACAACACCCCUGGAAAAGUGACUAUCAAAGACCACAUGACCAAGCUUAACCCAGACCAGCGCCCACGACCAAAGAAGUCACCCCCUCAGGGCGGGAAAGAGCUGUCGACGUUGCAGGCCACCAUGAUAGCCGCUGAGAGCAAAGUUUCUGACUGGCUGGCACAAAAUGACCCCCCAAUGGCCAGGAGAGAGUCCACUGAAGACGAUUCGAAGAGCAUAAAGAGUGAUGUCCCCGUCCAGCUGAAGAGAUUAAAAGGGAGCAAACACGAAGAUGGGACACAGAGUGACUCGGAGAAUGGAGCCAAACACAGGCACACCAGUAAAAGGGCAGCACUAGAGGAGCAUGUGAGGGUCUGGCAAGGUCCAAAGGGACUCGCUGCCGCAUCUGCUGAGGGCAAGGGUACAGGAGGUACUCACAUCAGCAGGACAGACUUUAUGGUUGAGUUUUUUGACGAAGACAACCCGCGCAUGUGUCACUCUUAUUCUUUUACUCAGAACGGCGCUGCAGCCAUGGCUGGGGAAGGCCCUUGUCUCACCCCUCCUUCCGGGCCAAAAGGGCUUGUCCCCACGGACUGUAAAGGAGUUUCUUCACCGCUGGCAGCCCCGCCGCCAAGCAAACUGCUUCUGAAGCAGAAAUUAGAGGAUCCAUCCCUGGUACGGACCUCAGCAAGUGUUGGACAACAAACCAGCCCAAAUGAAGAGUCAGAAAAGCCACCUAAACCUACAGGAACAGUGGAAAAGGAAAACGAGGAUGACCAAAGCGAUAAGGGAACCUAUACCAUUGAACUGGAAAAUCGCAACCCUGAGGAGGAAGAGGCUCGAAGGAUGAUCGAUAAGGUGUUUGGCAUAGAAGAGAGUCAGGACCAUUCUAGGCCAGUUGUAGCUGAACAACAAAAGGAAACCAUCAAAGAUUGGGCCUCUUCAGGAAUGGUGGAGAUGAGAAAAAGUCAGUUUGGAACUGCUGCAUUCAUUGACUCAGAGACUAUUCCUGAAGGCCCUGUCUCAGUCGGCAGUCCUAGGUGGGUGUCUCAGUGGGCGAGUUUAGCUGCGAAUCACUCAGGGCAUGAACCUGAUGACUUGAGAUCAGAAUCCCCGUCUUUUGUUGCUCAAGAAAAAGAAGCAGAUGUUAGUGAGUCAGGAAUCUCUGUGAAAAGCAUAACCUCUGCCACCUCCACAUCCAGCCAUGGUGAACGAAAGAGAAGGACUCUUCCUCAGCUCCCAACAGAGGACAAAGUUACAGCAAAAGCAGUAAAAGGUACUACAUCCCUGGGCCUGAGGUCAGAGAUUGGAGAGAAACAGGACACUGAACCUCAGGAGAAAGAGAAAUCAAGCCGUCCAUCCCAAAAGGGAAGAGAGGCAGAUAGGACAAGUAGAACUUCCCACAAGGCCCCCAGUGGGAGCCAGAUUGUCUUAUCACCUUCCCAACAGAAGGAGAAGUCCGACAGUGCCAAGGGAACAUCGGUAGUCAAGCAAGCCAUGGCUAAAAUUCAACAGCAGGAACAAAGGAGCAGCCAGCCCCAGUGGGCCCCAUCCAAACCGGCUCCUGGGACCAACCCCCCUGUUAGUGCUGAGAAAAGCAGAGAGGUGUCCUCAAAGCAUGGGAGCUUGGUUCAGAAAACAAGCACUAACACGGAUCGCAAAGAUGAAGACAGGAGGAGGAGGGCAGAUAGCCCAAGAAGCCAGAUUUCUAAAGUAAGUGAGAGUGAAAAGGAGUCUGGUAAGCCUUUGGUUAGACAAGGCAGCUUCACCAUUGAGAAACCCAGCACUAAUGUCCCCUUGGAGCUCAUCCCCAGAAUCAAUAAACAGGGACGAGAGAGGAGUGACUCUGUAGGCACCGAUUCUAGCAUGGACACCACACUGCUUCUAAAAGACACAGAGGCUGUGAUGGCCUUCCUUGAGGCCAAACUGAGAGAGGAGAACAAGUUGGAUGGCGGAACAGACACUCCCAGUUACCAUUUGGACGAUUCCAUCUCACCAGAGUCAGACGUGGACACAGCUAGCACCAUCAGUCUGGUGACAGGGGACACGGAGCGCAAGUCUGCCCAGAAACGGCGGACACUGAGCAGCCUCUAUAAGGAGAAGAGCACCAUCAACGCCCCUUCUCGGGACCAUUCCAAGACUGCUGCCAGUGCCCGGGAGAGGCUGGAGAAGAAAACCAAAAGCCGGAACUCGGACAGCCGAACCGAAGCUCGUAGGUCCGCUCAAGCCAGUGCCCGGGCCAGACAAUCAUCCUUGGACCUGACAGAUGAUGACCAAACCUUCAGUUUACCUCACUUCAUGAUCUCAGGCAUACAGUCUUCUGAUCAAGAGAUUUACUCCGGCCGUUCACAUGGCAGAGGCCAGUUCACGUCCACAGACGAACUCUUACAUUCCAAACUAGAAGCCAGCAAGACUGCCAAAACCAAGGUGCUGCAGGCCUCCUCCACAGGCCCCAGCAAGCCUGUCACUUUACCAAGACCCAGGCCUACCCGUACAUCUCUCUUGCGUAAGGCACGCCUUGGGGAAACCUCAGAUAAUGAAUUAGCGGAUGCUGAUAAAGUAUCAGUAGCCUCAGAGGUGUCCACCACCAGCUCAACAUCCAAGCCUCCCUCAGGACGGAAGACCCCCUCUAGGAUAGACAUGCUGGCCCAGCCAAGGAGAACUAGGCUCGGCUCCCUUUCGGCACGGAGCGACUCAGAAGCCAUUGUCAGUCGCGGCAGCGCCAGCUCUCGCACACCUGACUUAGCCCUCAGAAGUGGCCUGAGGCCAUCUUCCGCCACAGACGGGAAGAUCGUUCCCAGAAUGAGAGCCAACAGUGUCUCCAAACUGCCUGACUCCAAGUCCAAAAUCUCCUUGUCUGCUCAUAGCUCUCCUUCGGAGAAAUCCCAGCCUACCCCAGAUACUGAGGCUGCUGUAGAAGAUCUAAUGGCGAAUGCAAGGUGGAGACGCUUGCCCCCAGAUUAUGCCUCUACAUCAGAAGAUGAGUUUGGGUCAAACCGCAACUCACCCAAACACGCCCGCCUGCGAGCUGGCACAGCCUUGAGAAGCACCAGGCUGCAACCCACAGCCUCUCCAGGCCCAGGAGGUGUGGUCCUGAAGCACAGGAUGAGAGAGCAGGAGGAGUACAUUCGCGACUGGACUGCACACAGCGAGGAGAUUGCCAGGUUAUUUCCCUGUGUGCGUAGGAUUAGCCAAGACCUGGCCAAAGACCUGGCGACCCUCGCACGAGAGAUCCACGACGUGGCGGGAGAGAUCGACUCAGUGAGCUCGCCUAGCACAGCCCCCAGCACCACAGUAAGCACUGCAGCCACCACCCCCGGCUCUGCCAUUGACACCAGGGAAGAGGUAGGGCAGCCUCACAGAGGAGUGCUAAAGUUGGUGGAUAGAGUGUUUGAUGAAAGCCUUAACUUCAGAAAGAUUCCCCCGGCUGUGCAAAACAAAGCUCCAGAGAUCAAUGGACGACCUGUGGAGCUUCGUCCCCGUACAACAGAGGCCCCUGACCCCAAGGCAGCCAUUCGGAGAAGAACAUGGAACCGGGAUGAAGCUGUGUUGGACAGUUUAUUGCUUACUUCUGUGUCUCAGCUGUCGUCGAAAGUAAGACAGGCAGUGGACAAAACUGCUGGCAAAAUCAGAAUACUGUUUAAGGACAAGGACAGGAAUUGGGAAGAAAUUGAAAACAAGUUGCGAGCUGAAAGUGACAUGCCACUUCUGAAAACAUCAAACAAGGAGAUUUCAUCAAUCUUGCUGGAGCUGAAGAGAGUCGAAAAACAACUACAGGUUAUCAACGUCAUGGUUGACCCCGAUGGCACUCUGGAUGCCUUAAGCAACCUGGGAUUGACCAGUCCUGUCCUGCCAAAGCAGAGGUCAAGCCCCAGCUCACGAGGCGCCCGGGCAGCAGCUCCACCUCAGGGGGCACCAGAACUGCGUACAGCCCGGCUGGGUCUCAUUUCUGCCUCGUCUGAGUUAGAUAGCGUUGAGUCUGACCGCGACUUCAGCCUCCACUUCAACAGGUUUAACCCCAGCGGAGAGGAGGAGGACUCUGUGAUCCACGAGUAACUUGAUUCCUGACCCUGGACAUGGGCGGAAGAAAUUAGACUUGUUUAGGGGAGGAUGCGUGGAAUGUUUAUACUCUACAAAAAUCCUUUGCUUUUUCUUGUCAUUUUUAUUUAUCCCUUUUCCCUUAUUGACGAGGGAGCACUUCAGUCUUCAGUUUUAUUUAAAUACCUUAAAGGUAACCUUUGUACAAAGAAUGCAUGUCAAUUUUACAAGGACACAUUUCCAGACUCCUUGAAUAUGUUAUAUUUGGUUGGUUGUCUAGUUAUGUAAAACAGAAGUAUACAAAAUCAGUUCUGUGAACACUACGUAUAUAUAAUAGUGUGCUUCUUCCCCAUUGAUGUAUACUGAGGCUAACACUGAAAAUUAGGCUGUUUUUAACCUACCAUUUUUAGCUAUGAGGGGCUUCAUUCAACAUGGACUAAUCCAAGAAGUAUAUGGUAUUCAACCCUCUUCCUUUGACUCAGCUUGGUAUGUUCUCAUGGGGACUUCCCCUCACCUGGUGAUAAUGGUAACUGAGCAGAUUGAAACAUUUUCUUCAGUUGAUCCAGGUUCUUUCCAAAAGGUGUCAUUAACCUUCUGUUUUAGUAUAUAGCACUGUUCUGCUGCAGGAGCAAAGCAUUGCACUAACUUCUCUGGACCAAGCUACCUAAUUCAGAUACAUAGCAGAUAUUUGAUUCUGGACUAAUGUAUAUCCAGACAUGUAGUGGCCAUAUGCUUGUAGUCCCCAAAAAGUGCUGCUAACAACAGUAAAUUGUGUCAAAAUGCCACCAGUCCAACUUUGAUAAAUUGAACAGACAAUGUUUAAGUCAGUUUGCAGGAUAAUAAAAAUGCAGGAAGUGUAACAUUACCUUUCUGUGUCACUGAGAAUAAUAAUAAACAUAAUAAAAUAAUAAACAUUCUGUUAUUACAUAGUCAACGGUUUCAUCCUUAACUAGACUAGUCCAACCUCAUUUUGUAAUGGAGCCGAGUCCAGUGAGCAUUAGUGUAAUGUCCUGUAUAGGAAACACUUGUUCUGUUUUGUAUAAGACAAAUGGACAUAUAUUUAUGUUCCUUAAACGUGCUUUAUGCUGUUUGUGAAAAAAGUUACCUGCGUAGUUUCACACAUUUGAGUAUUCUUUUUGAGGCUCUGCUGUAGAAAUUAACAAAAUGUGUUAAGCAGUAAGGUGAAUGAACAGAUUUUUAACUGAUUGUUUCCACUAUGGUGACUGCCGCUACAAAGAAACACGUUUGUGGGUAUUAAAAAUACGUUGUAAGACUAUGUUAGUUUCUGUCAUAUCAGUUUUUCAUUUUUAUUAACUGGAAAAAGCAGAAAUAGCUUUUCUAAGAUGUAAGUCUGAAUCUGUUAUAUCCACUUAUCAUUAGUGUUAUCAGUUCUGUAUUAGACAAUUUUCUGGCAGUCCUAAUUAUGUUUGCACUGAGAAUACAGUACCUUGACAGCGAGACCACUGAUAUAAUGAAUGCAGUACAAAGAACUCAGUUUGGUUGAUUAAGAGUUCUUGUUUACUUGCUAAAUAAUGUAGAAACUGGGUAAUGUUGUCCUAAAUGGGAUUGGCAGAAGUUGAACUUGGAAUAUCACUGGGGUAUGGCACAUUGUUCUUAUCCUGCAGAUUUUUAUUGCCUUCGCUUUAUGGAAGAUUGUAAAAUGUUAAUCCCAAGUUUGUUUUGAUCAAUGUAAAAUAAAACAAAAAAUCUGCAUUAGCCAAUGACCAGUGGUUUCACAAUAAAAGAUAUCGCUAGCCAAAGUUUUACUUGCAAGACCCAUUCUAUUAAUUAUUGUGUAAAAAAAAAAAAAGAAUAUGCGACAGGGUGGCGAGUAAGUUUAACACUUAGGAGCCCUAUGCCAUCUUUGUAUAAACAUGGUAUUUGUUAUCAUAGUGCAUAUGAUGAUUUAGCCAUUUAUAAACCUUUCUCAUAUCCAUGAAUGCCUCCAUUUUGAAAAUCUUGCUGCUUUCUGUAGUCUUCAUUAGGCUUCCAGAACCUUUUUUGUAUGUAUAUCUUUAUUUGUAUAACCCAGUUCAUUAGAAAUUGCAUUUUAUAUAUAUAU